ACUAGUAAAGCUAGGGUGACGAGCACUCCUCUCCACGUAACGACACGGAUCUGAGGGGAAUCAUAAAUGCCACUUUCCUUUCGAUUUUACUGCCAGUUUUGAAUUAAAAUGUAUAUGAUCGUCAACACAACAGCAUGUAUUUGAUAUGCGCAUGACUGUGAGUCGCUAUAGGAGAUGAGAAAAGCGAGGAAGCGACUGCCGGCGAGCGGAUCGCAAGCGUCUGUCAGGAGACACGAAGAACAAUUGCCCUGGAAGAAACAAAAGCUGCUUGAUAUCCAUCAGGCCCUGAACUGUGACCCCGUGGACAUCGAGACACUGCGGCGGGCGGCUGUGAGCGAAGGCGGUUUGCUGACGGAUGACAUUAGGAGAAAAGUUUGGCCCAAACUCCUCAGCGUCAAUGUGUACAGUCUGCCUGCCAAACCCUCCAAAGAUGUCCGAGAAGACCACAAAGACUACAGACAAGUGGUGCUCGAUGUCAGGAGGUCAAUGCGGCGUUUCCCGAAAGGCAUGCGUGUGGACGAGCGAGAGGUUCUCCAGGAGCAGCUGAUAGACAUCAUUCUGGAUGUUCUGAGGAGAAAUCCUCAACUGCACUAUUACCAGGGUUAUCAUGACCUCGUGGUGACCUUCCUGCUGGUGGUGGGAGAGAGGAUGACCAUCGCCAUAAUGGAGAAACUGUCCAAUCAUCAUCUCAGGGAUUUCAUGGACCCCACCAUGGACAACACAAAACACAUCCUGAACUACCUGAUGCCCAUCCUGGAGCGAGUGGACCGAGAGUUGCACGACUUCAUGAUAAGGUCUGAGGUGGGCACCAUCUUCGCCCUGAGCUGGCUGAUCACAUGGUACGGCUACGUCUUGUCAGAUUUCCGGCAUGUUCUGCGGCUCUAUGAUUUCUUCCUGGCGUCUCACCCACUCAUGGCCAUCUACUUCGCCGCUGUGAUUGUGUUGUACAGACAGAAGGAAGUGAAGAGCAGCGAGUGUGAUAUGGCCAGCGUUCAUCACCUGCUGUCUCAGAUGCCUCAGGAUCUGCCGUACGAGGAGCUGAUUGGUCGAGCUCAGAAACUCUUCAUCAGCUGCCCGCCCUCUCUGAUGACCCAGUCUGCGGCGCUGCAGUCACGCAACAUAAUCGCCAUCAGCACCUUUACGGCCUUCCAGUCGUCCACGCGGAUGCAGCGUCCAGACUCGGUCCUCCGCCAGCAGCUUCAGGAGCACCCGCCGGCCCUUCCCAUGAGCCUCCAGCCGGCGAACACGAACCAGCUCAUCAAGAUGGCGGUGUGGGGUCUCUCCGCCACGCUGGGGGCCGCGGCGCUGGCGGUGGCCCAGACGGCCAUGGACUGGGCUCCUGAGUUUCUCUCCCAGAUCUUCUGACACAACGCGCCUCGUUCUCGUCGUCUGCCAAACUGGGUGUGUUGCAUUUGCACAAUAUGUGUUAAGUGGUGCAAAACACCCAGAGAAAAUGAAGCUGUGGCUUAUUUAUUUCCGAUCCCUUUCCUGUUUUUCUUAUUUAUAGAUUUUUUUAGCCGAGCUAAUAUUGGGGAAGUGGGAGGAGUCAAACGAGGUUUUUGUAAUCAUAAGCACUUCUGGAUGUCGUUCCAUCAGCAGAAUGCCAGAGAAAGUGCUCAGCUAGGCCAUUCAGAACAGCAGCAAGAGCACAAAUUAUUAAAGGCUGCUGAACGCCGUCAGGAGUGAGUGAAGCUCAUUAGAGGAAACGGGUGAAGGCUGAAAGACCACAGAGACUCGCUGGUGAACGCAGCACUUUACAACUAGUUUAUUCCAGCGUAUCGAGAACGCUUGCUAACCUGCGCCGCCGCACACACGCUUUCAGGUGUUAGAUGUCGCCUGAGGACCCCCU